AUGCAAACUUUGUGUAAUGGUUCUGAUAAUAGGAGGAAUGGUAUAUACCAAAGGUUUGCAAAGAGAAAAAUAAGAGACUGUUUGCUUCAUCCUAUCCCUGCCUUAGUUGGUGGACCUGGAAUUGGUAAAAGCCAGAUCCUCCAAGAACUUCAUGUAUUGCUGCAUAAUCAUGUUCAACAAUAUUCAGAUGAUAAUGAACUGAAGAAUGCAAUUUGUGAAAAUAAAAUGUUUGCCAUUAAUGUCACAUUUGGUAAUGGUAGUAGUGUUGACAUUAGAGAUACUAAAAUUGGAGGUCAAGCAUCAGUUGGGUUACAUAUAGAGAAUUUUACAAUUUAUCAGGCAUUUGAGGUAAUUUUCAGGGAUAUUGACACUGACAUCAAAAUUGUGAUUCUUGGCAUUGAUGAAUUGAAUGCAUUGCAUCAAGCAGAUCAAAGUCCUGAGAAGAUUUUAGCUCAUUCAAUUGUGAGAGCUGUUGGUGGAUUAAGUUGUGAUAAUAUGGAAAGAUUUUAUGUGCCUAUCUUGUCUGGAACAAUACAAGGACCUCUUGAAGCUUUUGUCAGAGAAUCCACAUAUCUUUUUUUACAUUUACCACUCCGUCUUCUUAACAAUGAUGAAAUGUUUGACAUUGGUGUGAAGAUUGCAGAAUCUGAACCACUUAUGGCAAAAUACAUAUCAAAUAACACCUUUUCACAUUGCAUUAGUGACAUUGGUGGUCAGGAUUUUGCAGCAGAUGCAACUCCAAUGAUGGCAUGUGCUAUUCUUAAUAUUCCAGUAGAAAGCACUGAUGUAAUUAACAUUGGAAAAUCCCAAAUAACUUAUCUUGAUCUUGCAUCAUUGGCCAAAUCUUCAGAUCCUACAGCAAAACAACCUCAAACUGUAAGUAGAAAGAUGUUGGAUGUUCAAGA